AUAUAAACGAAUUUUAUGUGUGGAUUUGGCUAUUAUAGUGCAUAACUUCAUUCAUAGUGAACCGUGCGUUCGUACCAUUUGACCGCAGAUUGAUCAAUUUUGAGCAAUAAACAGUAGAUUGUUAUUGAAAUAUAUUAUGGAAAAAAAUUAAUUUGAGAUCUAGCCGUCACUGAGGAGAGACUGAAUGAUCAGAGAGCAGAUCUGCUGUUUCCUUCCUCAUCAUGGUGGAUUUUCUGGCAGAGAACAACCUGUGUGGUCAGGCCAUCCUGAGGAUUGUGUCCAGAGGAAAUGCCAUCAUAGCAGAAUUACUGAGACUGUCAGACUUUAUUCCUGCAGUUUUCAGACUCAAAGACAAGACUGACCAGCAGAAAUAUGGAGACAUCAUCUGUGAUUUCAGCUACUUUAAGGGUCAGGAGUAUUAUGAGGGUAAACUAGAAGCAAAGCCGGAGCUACAGGAUUUGGAUGAGGAGUUUCGGGAAAACAACAUAGAAAUAUUGACACGGUUCUACCUGGCCUUUGAGAGUGUCCAUAAAUAUGUUGUAGACUUGAUAAGGUACUUGGAUGAUCUCAAUGAAGGGGUCUAUAUUCAACAAACGCUGGAAACUGUUUUACUAAAUGAAGAUGGGAAACAGCUCCUGUGUGAGGCUCUGUACCUGUAUGGAGUCAUGUUACUGGUCAUUGAUCAGAAGAUGGAGGGGGAGGUGAGAGAAAGGAUGCUGGUGUCCUACUACAGAUACAGCGCUGCUCGCUCCUCAGGCGACUCCAACCUGGAUGACAUCUGCAAGCUCUUGCGUAGUACAGGAUACUCCAGCCACCCGGGAGCCAAGCGGCCGCCCAACUACCCCGAGAGCUACUUCCAGAGAGUUCCCAUAAGCCCCACCUUCAUCAGUAUGGUGAUCGGCCGCCUCCGCUCUGAUGACAUUUACAACCAGGUGUCUGCGUAUCCUCUGCCGGAGCACCGUAGUACAGCGCUGGCCACGCAGGCCGCUAUGCUGUGUGUCUGCUUAUAUUUCACCCCCUCCAUCCUGCACACACAACAGGCCAAGAUGAGAGAGAUCGUGGACAAAUACUUCCCUGACAACUGGGUUAUAAGCAUAUACAUGGGGAUCACUGUGAACUUGGUGGAGGCAUGGGAACCGUAUAAAGCAGCUAAAACGGCCCUGAACUACACGCUGGAGACAGCCAACAUCAGAGAGCAGGCCGGUCGAUACGCUGCCAGUGUGGAGAGUUUGCGGCCGCAGGUGCAGCAGUUGUUGAAGGAGGGAUUCCUGAGAGAAGAAAUCGUCCUGGACAACAUUCCCAAACUGCUCAACUGUCUUCGUGACUGUAACGUUGCCAUCCGCUGGCUGAUGCUGCACACUGCUGAGUCCGCUUAUGAUCCAAACAACAAGAGACUGCGUCAGAUCAAAGAGCAAGUCAUCAACGACUCCAAAUACAAUCCCAAAAUUCUGUUUCAGCUGCUGCUGGACACAGCCCAGUUCGAGUUCAUACUCAAAGAGAUGUUCAAGCAGAUGUUGGCAGAGAAGCAGCUCAAGUGGGAGAGCUAUAAGAAGGAGGGAUCAGAGAGAAUGAUGGAGCUAGCCGAGGUGUUUUCUGGGGUCAAACCUCUCACCAGGGUAGAGAAAAAUGAAAAUCUUCAGGCCUGGUUCAGAGAGAUCUCCAAACAGAUCGAGUCCCUGAACUAUGAGGACUCGACCGCUGCUGGCAGGAAGACUGUGCAGCUCAUUCAGGCUCUUGUGGAGGUCCAAGAGUUUCACCAGCUGGAGUCGAACCUGCAGGUGUGUCAGUUCCUGGCGGACACACGCAAGUUCCUCCAUCAGAUGAUCCGCACCAUCAAUAUCAAAGAAGAAGUGCUAAUCACAAUGCAGAUAGUGGGGGAUUUGUCCUACGCCUGGCAGAUCAUUGACAGCUUCACCUCAAUUAUGCAAGAGAGCAUCAGAGCAAACCCCUCGAUGGUGACCAAACUCAGAGCCACUUUUCUAAAGCUGGCGUCUGCGCUGGAUCUGCCUCUCCUACGAAUCAACCAGGUCAACAGUCCAGAUCUGCUCAGCGUGUCUCAGUUUUACUCUGGGGAGCUGGUGGCUUAUGUCAGAAAGGUACUGCAGAUCAUUCCAGAGAGUAUGUUCACCUCGCUGGCCAAAAUCAUCAAACUGCAGAUCCAUGACAUUAUGGAGGUGCCCACACGUCUGGACAAAGACAAACUGAAGGACUACUCUCAACUCAGUGCCCGUUAUGAGGUAGCAAAACUCACUCAUGCCAUCUCAGUCUUCACCGAAGGUAUUCUGAUGAUGAAGACCACACUUGUCGGCAUUAUAAAGGUGGAUCCGAAGCAGCUUCUGGAGGACGGGAUCAGGAAAGAGCUUGUCAAACGCGUGGUUUACGCUCUGCACAAAGGCCUCAUCUUCAACCCCAAAGCCAAAUCCAGUGAGCUGAUGCCAAAGCUGAAGGAAAUGGCUGCCACCAUGGAUGGGUUUUAUCGCUCUUUUGAAUACAUUCAGGAUUACGUGAGCAUCUACGGACUGAAGAUCUGGCAGGAGGAAGUGUCUCGCAUCAUCAACUACAACGUAGAGCAGGAGUGUAACAGUUUCCUCAGGACGAAGAUCCAAGACUGGCAAAGCGUCUACCAGUCCACCCACAUUCCCAUUCCUAAGUAUCCGUCUGUUGAUGAAUCCGCCACGUUUAUUGGACGUCUUUGCAGGGAAAUCCUGAGGAUCACAGAUCCAAAAAUGACGUGUUACAUUGACCAGCUGAACACCUGGUACGAUUUGAAGAUGCAUCAGGAAGUGACCAACAACCGACUCUUCUCUGAGAUUCAAGACACGCUGGGAACCUUCGGCCUGAACGGACUCGACAGACUCUUGUGUUUCAUGAUCGUGAAGGAGCUGCAGAAUUUCCUGACAGUCCUUCAGAGGAACAUCCUGAAGGACAAAGCAGUUGUUGACGUCUUUAAAGCUCUGCUGACAGCUGUCAAUCCUGUUAAAGGGAUCGUGGCAAAUGCAAGCAAAGUCUACGCCAAUGCUGUGGCCAAAACCCAGAAGAUUUGGGCAGCUUAUCUGGAAGCCAUCAUGAAGGUGGGUCAGAUGCAGAUCUUGAGGCAGCAGAUCGCCAACGAAUUGAAUUACUCCUGCAAGUUUGACUCAAAACACCUCGCUGCAGCGCUGGAUAAUUUGAACAAGUCUCUGCUGUCCGAUAUUGAAGCACAUUACCAGGAUCCAUCGCUGCCGUAUCCCAAAGAGGACAACACCCUGCUCUACGACAUCACCGCCUAUCUGGAGGCGGCCGGAAUCCACAACCCACUAAACAAAAUCUACAUCACGACGAAGCGCCUGCCUUAUUUUCCCAUUGUGAACUUCCUGUUCCUCAUCGCGCAGUUGCCAAAACUUCAGUACAAUAAAACCCAAGGGAUGACGUGCAGGAAGGCAGCAGAUCCAGUGGAUUGGGCUCCUCUGGUCCUGGGUCUCCUGACGCUGCUCAAACAGUUUCACUCCAGAUACACAGAACAGUUCCUUGCUCUGAUUGGACAGUUUAUUCGCUCCAUAAUGGAGCAGUGCACCAGUCAGAAGAUCCCAGACAUGCCUUCAGAUGUAGUCGGAGCGUUAAUGUUUCUGGAGGACUAUGUGCGUUACACUAAACUGCCCAGAAAGGUGGCAGAGGCUCAUGUGCCGAGUUUCAUCUUCGAUGAAUUCAGGACUGUGCUGUAAACAUGCCUGUCAUAAUGUCAAAUCAUGUUUGUUAUCGUUCAUCUUUCUCUUAAAGCACUAAUGAAAAUGAGUAAUUAGCAUUUUUAACAUUUCAAUUUUAAAACAUGAUCUUUUGUAGCUGUGACUGACUUUUGUCUGUCUGCUGUGGUGUAAUAAAUGCCAUAUGUGUAUGUUUUGAUACAACUUUUUAGCACACUUUCGAAGAAUGAACUCACAACCUCUCAUGAUUUAUUGUUUUUAUAAAAUGAUGGCAACAUCAAUAAUAUACAACCUUAUAUGAUUUCCCUUUUUUGCGAAUAUCAUUCAUUGGUUUAACUGUACGCUGUUGCUCAUCCACUCAGAAUUUAGACUUUUGAGGUACUAAAACGUAACUGUACGCAAGAUUUUUUUUUUGUACACAACACAGGAGACAUGAUUUGAAUGAAAGUUUUAAUUUUUAUCUUAAAUAUAUUACAAUACUGAAUGGAUACUGUAUGAAAAAAAUGAGCUUUUAUCGUUUUAUUUAUCAGUCUAUGUACAGCACAAAAUGAAAGAAAAUAGCCAUGAAGAAUCUAUGAAUACCAACACUGUGUACAAGGUCAGACACGAGAAGAGAAACAGCAGGCUGUGACAACGGCUGACUAGAAAAAGACGUAAAUUACAGCUGCAAAACAACAACAAAAAUCAUUUCCAGUUAACUCUGUGCUGGAUUUCAGUAUGUGUGUGGGUGUGGUCUGUUUGUGUAAAUAUGAAUUUCCUUAAAUACAUUCAUUGACAUUUUGGUUGUGUCUUUCAGUCAGGGAUCAAUGCGCUGAGAUGCCUGAUCAAUUGAUUAAUCUGACGAUUGGCAUCAGACUGAAACGUUUAAUUCCAGUACGAAUGUGCAUGUGUGUCUGACAGGUCAGGGUCACAGUGAGCAGAGUAUUGCUUCAGAUGGUUAUUAUAAACGAAAAAAAAAAAACUACAUUGAAUUAUUGUCAGCUGAAUGUUCUUUGUGUGGGUUUAGUCUCCUGAUGGCAUAUAAUGUAAUUUUGCACGUAAACUGCAAAUACAAACACACAGAAACAGGACAAUUGUCCCACGAGAAGUACAAAGGCGACCUGAAAUGAAAUAAAACCUUAGUUUGCACAGAAACCUAUUGCGGCAUUAAUCAUUCUAAAGCACUUAAUCGUUGUUGGGGUUAAAUAUGUACAUGUAGUAAUACUGGGGAAGGGAAAGACUUUACAAAUUUUCCUUAAAAAUACUUCAUAUGCAUCAUGGCGGUGUUAUUCGUGGAUUACAGGCAGAGUGCAAAAAUCAGUGCCGACAGGUCGACCACACAGCAGACUAUGUACAGAUGAAAACUGCCAUUACUAAUACAAUACUGACCAGAAGUAGGCAAUCGAUCAAGGCCGAAUGGUCACGUGACCAGAGGGAUACUGCAGUGUGAAGAGUGUCAUGCUAUAAACAAACAUCUACCAAAAAUCAGAAAACUGUGAUUAUGGGUUCAUAACAGCUAGUCUACAUAAAUGCUAUUCAGGGAGAGUGUGUUUAAAAAAAAUCUCAACAUUGAUUCCUCACUAAAUCUCAUUAAUUCAUCAAAGGAAAUAUGUUUAGCCUUACAUUCACACAUCUCCAGGUUUUUUGUUGAGAAUAUUAGUUCAGUCACCUAUGUAAAGCACAUCAGCCAUUUUGAUUCUGAAUUCGGCUUCAAUUCUUACGUUCGUUUUAUCCACCUUAUUUUUUAACGCAGAAAUAUUUUUUUAAGCAUUUAUUAAAAGGAAAAUCCACGCGGAAGUAAGCUAUUUUUUGUGUUAAACGCGCGAGAAACCGUAUUAUCAUCAGGUAAAUAACUAAAUGUGCAGUUAACUGAGAACUAUUUGUACUGAAAAAUGUUUUUAUAACUUAAUGGGAACAUAAACAAAAUGUUCUUAGAACAUAUGUUUGUUAGCUGGGCUGAUUUGUUAAAAUAACUGAAGCGUUGACGAAAAUAAGGUGGAUAGGCGAUACGCAAAUCAGUUCCUGACGUUUUUAUGAACGCAGCAUGUAUCACAAAAAAGCCAAGUACCCAAAACAAUCAGCUAAAAUCACAUUCCUUACGUUUACAAGAGAAUUAUAUAUAACAUGAGAUGAUGACGAUGAGGAAAUGAAAGAAUUACAUUCGGUUGUGAACAUGAGGGAAAAUCAACUCAAUUGAAACACCAAACUAAAGCCUCUUGCGCAUUACAAAACAGAAGCUCACGGUCCUUUGCACAUUUCAUUUUCUCUCGUGUUGUCAUGCUAGCACUUUACAACUAAUCGACCAUGUUACAAACUGGCGUAGAACAGCAACAUUAGCGCUGAUUUUAAGUCAUCUUGAAAUGUAAACUCUCCCUAUUUUCUAAAUGUACGUUUUUGAUCUUAUUGUGAACGAUUCCCCCAUUUAUAAAUUAUUUUUGACCUCGAUCUUUGACAAACUUUUCUCUGGUGACGUAAGCCAGACUUUCCCAAUCAUUUAGUCCGCUUAAACCCCACCCCUUUCUUACAAUUGAGUGCGACCUCACAUUCAGAUCUGCCUCCAUCCAGUCAACAACUGAUCGAUAGAAGUUCCCAUCCUAUAGUUUUUUCUAUUUCUGUAAUCUAAUACACUUGGAUAUACAGUCAAACCAAAAAUUAUUCAGACGCUAGAUAUAAUUUUGAGAUAUUUUUACUAGUGGGUGCAGGACACUAUAGUUCAUUUAUGUAAAUGAGGAUAGCAAAAUAAAGUAAACUGACAUACCCAAAAAUUCUUCAUACAGUGGACUACCAGUAAAAUUGAUAAAAAUUUGAGACCAAAAAUUAUUCAGACACUUUGACCUGACCAUGUUUUGCUUAAGUGUUAUCUGACAUAAUUAAGAUUAUUUUUUCUGACACAGUUUAACUCUGAGAUCUUGUCAUAUUUUAUUACCUUUUUUUAAACUAUAGUGAAUAAAUUGUAAUAUUGUCUGAAUAAAUUUUGGUUUGACUGUAAGUGAAAAUCAAGUGUGCCACACAAGUCCUGAAAAGUGAAGCCAAAACGUUUCGAUCGCCCCCAGGUGGCUGGAUGCAGUAUAGCUCAUAAACCCCGCCCUAUCCAUGUAAUCGAAUGGGAUGUGAGAAAAACUAUACACUCAAAUUACACUUCGAAUAAUUUUUUUUCCAAAGAUGAUUUCUGUCAUUUUAGGUAGUUUUUAAUCACACUGAUGUAAAUUCAAGUCCUCGUUUUUUAAAUAAGUUUGGGUUUAGUUAGUUAUUUGAUGCU